GCUAUUAAAAAGGGUCGAGAUCCAACACCAAGUGAGAAACAUUUGCAUAUCCAUACACAUAGUAAUGAUGGAAAAUCUUUUGUUGGUGAGAAAUCCCGAAUCGUACAUGAAAAGUAUCAGGAAAUAUUACAACAACAAACACAAAGUCAAUAUGAUAUUGAUCAGUGUAAAGCAUAUUACGAAGCUGCGGGAGGAGAAAAGAAAAGAAGAGUAUAUGGUCUUGGAUCUCAAGCAAAAUGCUACUACGGGCCGAAUCUUCGUGACUCUUUUGGAUCUGAUGCAACUUUCUCAGCAGCACUUUCAAAUGCUCAAUCAACACUGAUAGGGAAUCUGGAUGAGUUAGUGACACGAUUGAUUCCUGUACUAAUCGUUGAGCGGGUACGCGAAUUAGUUUUUUUACCCUCGCAUCAGCCAAAUAUUGAUCUUACCAACCACCCAUCAGAUGUGGUACCUACAGUUCCUACCUCUUCUACUGCUACUAACAUUGAUGAGGUUCAUGCAUUGGGUUCUGAUGAUGACCAUGACUCUCCAGCCUCGCAUAGUUAG